UGUGCGGUAUCUUUUGGCCAUCGCGCCAUAUGUACUUCUUUGUACACAAAGUGUUUAAUCUUUUGCUAUAAAAACAUUAUCAUACAACUAUAAAGGACUAACUCGUAACCAAUACUAAUAGAUGUCAUAGACAAACGCCUAGUAACUUAUUUUUUCACCUAUAAUAUCAAUCUUUGAAAAAAAUGGCGGAUAGCGAUGAUGAUAGUGUAGCGUCCUUUAAGACGGCUGAGGAGAUCAGCCCGUCGCGUGGGAAAACAAUUUUUCCUCUAAUGAGCCACGAGUUGAGCUCGCUGGAAAGGAAGCUUAAUCGAAUCGUAUACAUACAGCAUGCAGGCAGACGCGGCUUAUCACAAAGCACUUAACGAUAUGCGAGAUCAGUUGAGCAUAUCAGUGAUUGCGGAGCCUAGUUUAUAUGGACGCCACAGACCCGUAGCGGUGCUAGUGGUGGCCACGGCCAAUCAGACAUAUGUGUUCGAUAUCCAGGCACUGGGCGCCUUUUUUCCCGAGUUGAAAAAGCUGCUGGAGGCUAAAUAUCCGAGAAAAGUGGUGCACUAUAGUCAUCGUAUUACCGAUCAGCUGUUCUAUAAGCACCAAAUUAAACUGACUGGAUUGAGCGACACAUUUGUGGCUCUGUGCGUAGCCCGGCAAGAUAAAAGUGCCUGCUCAUUGCCAGAAGCGAUUUCGUCAGUGCUUAAUAUUCCCCUAAGGGAACUGCUCUGCGACGAGGUCACCGGGGUAAGUGAGUCUCGCCAACUUUUCACAGCACGCCCGUUGAGCGGGGACCAGUUUCGUUUUCUGGCCAGGAUGGCCAUACUGCAGCACCAAAUGCACGACCGGCUGACCUUUGGCCACAUUUGUGCAGGGAUGCAACGCAUGUCUGCUACAUUUAGUCAAAGCUUCUGCCGUUUCCGAAAUGGGUACGAUGUGGCACCUUAUAUGGGUCCCAAAAGUCGAUUUGGCUUCCAAUACAUCGAUGCGUAUUACAAUUCAGCCGUAGCUCUCUGCCGUGGCCUAUGA